AUGGGGUGGAAGGAAAAAUUUAUUUCGAAGGCGGGAAGGGAGAUAUUGAUUAAGACGGUGGCACAAGCGAUAUCGACAUACUCUAUGAGUAUAUUCAAACUGCCAAACUCCAUAUGUGACAACAUAAAUUCCUUGCUGGCCAAAUACUGGUGGGGACAAACGCAGGCAGAGAGGAAACUACAUUGGAUAAAUUGGAGAAAACUGUGUAUGGCAAAGAAGGGAGGAGGGAUGGGAUUUCGUGACCUCCAUGCAUUCAACCUAGCGAUGCUGGCCAAGCAAGCCUGGAGAUUAAUACAUGAAAACCACUCUCUGUUCUACCGAGUUUAUAAAGCUCGUUAUUUCCCAAAUUGCUCUUUCAUGUUUGCUGAGUUGGGGAAUAAUCCUUCCUUUGUUUGGCGUAGUCUCCUAGCAGCAAGGGAUCUCAUCAGAGAGGGCUCACGAUGGCAGGUGGGGGAUGGUCGAAGUAUUGGUGUAUUCACACAUCGUUGGUUGACUCACACCCCUGUACCACUAAAUGACGCACCACCAGACAUGAAGGUGUGUGAGCUAAUCGACCACGACUCAAGACAAUGGGACCGUGGAAAAAUAGAUGCCAUGUUCAGCCCUCAAACACGAAAUGAGAUCAUGUCACUGUCACUAAAUAACCUUAACUCUCAAGACUCUGUUUGCUGGAUGGAAACAGAGCACAAAAAUUCUCCGUUCGGUCAGCUUAUAAGGUAG